AUGAAGUUUUUAAUAAGUUUGUUGUUGGUUCUGUCCGCUUAUACAGAUUCAAGUGGUAUGAUACAACUGCGCUCUAACGGCGAUAAUACACUGUCGUGUUUUUUAUGUGGUUGUGGAGAAGAGUCAGUUUUCAAUAUGAGUUGUAAGGAUAAAAAUUACGUGAUCCAAAUGGAACCUGAUGGACAUCCUAUGAAAACAGGUGCCAGUGAUUCUGAUAUCUGUCCAUUAGACUAUGGAAGCCGAUUGCAGCCAUAUCUACUCUCGACUUCUCGCCCACGAGAGGGGAGAAAAAAGGGCGAAGAAAAAGGCGAGAAAAAAGGCGAGGAAAAAGUCCUUUUUACUCUCGCUUUCUCGCCUUUUUCUCGUCUCUCGACUUCUCGUGGGCAUAGACAGCUAUGA